CCGAUUGGCCGUCUUGGCCGAAAUCCUCUUGAAUGAUUUCAAACCCGAGUGUUUGAACAAGAGGAAGAAAGAGGAGGAGGAUGAGGAGGAGGGUGGUUGACUGCUAAUUCCGAGCUGGCUGGCUGAGACGGGCUUGAAUACUCCGUCCACCAACACACCACCUCAGAGGCUUAUCCGAGCAGCGUUGUUGACGCUUCAUACGCGUUCAGGAAUGCACCGCCGGUAAAGAUAAAAAAAAAAAAAAAAGAAGCUCUUUUUGAAUGUGUCGAGUUUACGCGAUUUUCACCUUUUAGUUUAAACUUCAGUUUGGCUGACUUUAAAAAAUACAUUCAGUGGGUUUUAUGUAAACUAUUAUUUGAAUGGAGCGAUGUCCAACGGAGACGGCGCACAUUGCGAUGGGACGCGGUUUGUUGUAUUGACGGGACUCGGCGCCGGGGACCAGGACCUGAUCAGAAACCACUGGUAAUCGAUUUAAAAUCACGUAUUGUCGUUCUUGUAGGAAUGUGAGUGCCAAGAGUUAUUUUCGAGAUUUGUUAAGGAUUUUACCUUUAAAAGAUUAGUGAGGGCAUUCAGUUCAUGCACGGGUUGCCAUAGCAUCAUUAAUAUUUUCAUUUUCAUUAUCGGCCUGUUGAAGAGGGACGACAUCAUGAUACAUUCAUAUUUUGGACAGUGUAUUUUAACGCAGUACUGCAACUGAGGCUUGGAUAAAUGAGUCUUGACCGUUAAUUUCAAGCCACCGUUUCAAAGAACUGACAUUCACAGCCAAGGUAGUCAUGGCUAAAAAUUCGUCCGAGGGACCGAAGGAUGAUCUGAGCCAGAUGACCGACGAGGAACUGCUGCGGUGCAGCAAAGACGAGCUGGUCCGGAGAUUAAGGAGGGUUGACAGCGAGAAAAUGAACUUGAUGAUCGAGCAUGGCAACAUGAUGAAAGACAUCAACCGGCGGCUGCAGAUGCACCUGCACGAAAUCCGGAGCCUGAAGGAGAUCAACCAGAAACUACAAGACGACAACCACGAGCUCCGGGAGCUCUGCUGCUUCCUGGACGACGACCGACAGAAGGGCAAGAAGUUGUCCCGGGAAUGGCAGCGCUUCGGCCGGUACACUGCCAGUGCCAUGUGGAAGGAGGUGGGCACCUACAUGAUGAAGCUGAAGGAGCUAGAGGCCAAUCAGGAUACCGUGUUGAGGGAGAACUCUGAGCUGAAGGAGAUCAUCCUCAUGCUGGACGAGGAGAGGAAUGGAGCAGGGUCCAGGAGCUCCAUAGACAGUCAGUCCAGUUUAACCAAUCUGAACGGUGGUACUGGCACGGUCAGAGACGUCGGAGAUGGAAGCAGCACAUCCAGCACAGGUAGUGCCGGGAGCCCCGAUCACCACAAUCACAACCACAUACACAAACCCACUGCAGAGAACAGUAAGAUGGGGCCCACCAUGAGGAGGUCCAUGGAUGACCUGUCAGCACCGCACCAUCACAGGAGCAUCCCCAAUGGACUUAAUGAUUCCUCCUCCAACUACAUCCGGCAGCUGGAGACUAAAGUGCGGAUCCUGGAGGAUGAUAACAACAAGCUUCUCUCACAGGCUUAUAGCCGGUAUAGUUUAUCACAGAUACAGACGAGAAAGCAGUAUUCACCUCAAAAAUCCUGUACCAGUCCGACUCAACUCAAAUGCUUCACACAGUGUAACCCAGGUGACCUUCGCGCCCUGAGGAAGGGAAUGACCCUCUACCACUCAGAGUCCCAGCUGUCCUCACUGCCUCAGCGCCAGGACGCCAUGCACAUGGGUACUGGUCGUCUCCCAACCAGCGAGUCCUCUCCUGCCACAGGCUACCUGUCCUGCGUCCAGAAGCCUGAGGCCGUGGUACACGCCAUGAAGGUGCUGGAGGUCCACGAGAACCUUGACAAGCAGGCUCCUGAGGACUAUGAAGACGAUCUCAGUGAGAAAGAGAAGGCCAUUGUGCGAGAGAUGUGCAACGUGGUGUGGAGAAAGCUGGGUGAUGCAGCAGGAUCAAAGCUGUCCGUCAGACAGCACCUCUCUGGGAACCAGUUCAAAGGGCCGCUGUAGCAUGGCAGCCAGCCAGAGAGAGAGACAGACAGAAAGAGAGUGAGAGAGAUCAGGAUUUACAGUACCUACACUCACCUGAAAACACCUCUUACUACCUGCGCCUACACGACCCAUCAUGCCAUGCUCCCUACUGCCUACAGCACCCAGCAUUCCUUAUAUAUAUAUAUACACUCUCUUCAGACUGGCUAAGAUAGCUACGAAAUGGACCUGUUAGUCUGUCAUUCACAUGUGCAAACGUGUUUUUAAUCUCUCAGAGCUUAUGAAGCAUUGACAACUGGCAGCUAGUUUCACUGAUUCGUCGAUUUUCUUCAUUUGGAUUGGAGGCUUCCAUGCUAGACGAUGAUCUCUCUCUGUAAAAGCUACAAAAACACACCACUUUUAGUCUUUUAUAGCAUAGCUGUACUACACUAAGCUAGCGAUAUGACAUGGUUUCAAGCACAGACCUGAUGAGGCUGCAGGGGCAGACAUCUCUUCACGUGUUGCUGGGAUGUGAAGGCAGCAUUGUGGUGGUAUCUUCAGAUAAGUUUUGAUAGUACCUCCUGUAGAGACCCUAGCUCCUGUCACAUGUAUCGCCCCCUAGUGGUUUAUAAGUAUAACUAGCAUUUGAAUUCAAAAGUGUUAACUAAUGUGAACCCACUGUGACCUAGCGCCUUUGAUCAUAAGACAAGUCUAUGGAUAUUAAAGUCUAGAGAUCACUGUUAACUUGUGUAUAUUAUGUAUAAAACCAUAGCACUACUUCAUUGUUAUUGUUGAUUUUACUUUUAUCUAUUUUGUAUUCUAGCGUGGCCAUGUGAUCAAUUUAGUUUAAAAAGCACACACAACCGGACCUUAAACAGGGUUUGCUUUUGGUUUAAAAAAAAAAAAAGAAAAAAAAAAGCUUUUUUUUGUUAUUCUUUUCCAGAUUAAUGUUUAUUAUUCCUUCUCUCUGUAACCUCUGAAAAUGUAUCAAGGCCAUUAUGAAUCAAACCAUCUCCAUGGGCUAAUGGGUAGAUAAUUUUCAUACUUUAUAAAAUUAACUAAAAUUGUAUGCUGUGUGCAUGCUUGACAAUCAUUUUCUCAGGUUGGGAGGGCUACAGCUUUAUCUUUGCCCAUCUGUGACAGUGUGUGUGUGUGUGUGUGUGUGUUUGUUUGUAUGUAUCUUGGGGUAGAUGAGUGUGUGGGAGGAAGAGUGAAUGGUUCUCUUACAGCUGUAGCAUCUGCCUGUGAAUUCUCUUUUUCUCUAUUCAAACCUGGUUACAACUCUGUUGAAGACUGCUGAAGGCAUUUGCUGAAUCCAUACAAAAAGUCUUGUUUCCAUUAACUGCAAUGAAACUUUCAAGGCCAAAUACUAAACCCCAAGUUCAGGUUGUGUGGCAUUUUUGCAUUGCUCCUAAUUCAUUGUUGAUAAUUUUAUAUCUCAGUAAAUGGAAAAAAAGGAGUUAAAAGUUACUUUUCUUUGAGCUCAGUCCUUCUCUGUUGCCAUGGAUUCAGCAGGUGUGUUUAUGCAGCGCAUGUUUCUUCAAGUUGAAUCUUUUUUUCUUAGAAUACGAGAGAUAAGUCUUCCCUUAGAUGUCUGAAAACACUAACAUUUAAAAGCGAGUAUUUCUUGAUGUCAGAGUGAACAAACACUGUUUGUCAAAGUAUUUAUUGCCAGGUGUCAGACAGAGAUGGGAGAGCUAUUAGUAACUGAACAGUCAUGUUUUAAAUGCAUCAGAUUUACUCAAACUCAACAAAGUUAUUUGAUAGGUAAGUUUAGUGACCGACAGCUCAGGCUCUCCCAUCUCUAGUGUUGUUUGUUCCAAAUUAGAACAUAUUUGAGGCUGCCCACCAUGCACCUCUGCUUUCUCAAAUAAUCGGUCAAAAUGAAAUCAAAGUGUGUUUUUUUUUCUUUUAAAGUGUCCUUUUUUCUAGGAACUGAUUUGAAGCCAUGAUACAAUUUUGGAUACUUUAUAUAUGGCAUUUGAUUUGAAAUGUGCCACAUUUUUUUUCUGCAUGGUGUUUUGAUUUGGAACCCAACUGUCUUUUUUUCUGCCUAUAUGCUAAAACCACAGUACAGAAUCCUAGAAUCUACAGCAUAAAUGUCAAUUCCUGUAGUGACUAGCAUGGCUGUAGCUUCUUUUCAUGGAUUUCACUGAUAAAAUGGAUAUUUGGCAGGUGAAAAGAAAACAUGAAACAGGCCACUUUCAGAAAAAUUUGGGAGCAAAUAAACAAAGUUGGUUAAUGA